AUGGUAUCACAUAGCCGAAGUGUGCCCAAGAGAAGCGAGCAUCUAGGAAUGAUUGGUCUUAGUAAUUUAUUCUUACAAAGUCUAUUCCAUGUGUACAUGAAUAUCCCUCUCUAUGGAGUACAGGGAGUCCACCAUAUUGGCUGCCAUUUGACCCCAGAGAAAGGAGCCCACUUGGUGUGGGCUCAUGUGACUUUGCAGGUCGCGCCUCCAUGCAGCAGAGACAGGCAGUAUGAGCUCCACGGGAGGUGCUGUAGCAGAUGUGAACCAGGAAAGUACAUGUCUUCUAAAUGCACUACUACCUCUGACAGUGUAUGUCUGCCCUGUGGCCCAGAGGAAUAUCUGGAGACCUGGAAUGAAGAAGAUAAAUGCUUGCUGCAUAAAGUUUGUGAUACAGGCAAAGGCCUCGUGGCCCUGGACCCCGGCAACCGCACGGCCCCGCGGCGCUGCGUCUGCACGGCGGGGUACCACUGGAGCCAGGACUGCCAGUGCUGCCGGCGGAACACCGAGUGCGCGCCCGGCUCCGGCGCGAGGCCCUUGCAGCUCAACACGGACACGGUGUGUGAGCCCUGUCCCCUCGGCGAGUUCUCUGAUACCUUUUCUUCCACGGGAAGAUGCAAACCCUGGACCAAUUGUACCAUCCUUGGAAAGACAGAAACACGACAUGGAACAGAGAAAUCAGACGUGGUUUGCAGCUCUCUGCCACCUGGAUCACCACCGAUGGAACCCCAGUACUUACCUGGUUUGAUUAUUGUGCUGCUCUUCGUGUCUGUGGUGGUACUUGUUGCUGUCUUCUUUGGUGUUUACUAUAGGAAGAAGGGGAAAGCACUCACAGCUAAUUUGUGGCACUGGGUCAAUGAUGCUUGCGGGGGCCUAAGUGGAAACAAGGAAGCCUCGGGGGACAGUCGUCCGGGCGCGCACCCCACCGCCUCCAGCCAGCGCGACGCGUGCGAAGGCGUGCUACUGCUCACUCUGGAGCAGAAGAUGGUUCUAGAAGAAGCAUGCUCCCUGGACGGGGCCGGGGCCUGGGGGCACCCGUGUGCGGGAGGCCCAGCCCGCGCGCCGGGCGAAGAUGCUGGCGUGUUCUCCUUGGUCAGCGAGGAGGAGAUGGAGGGAGACACCUUCAGACAGAUCCCCACGGAAGACGAGUACGUGGACCGGCCCCCACCGACCCCAGACUCCUCGCUGCACCCCAGCCCGCCGGGAAGCAAAUCCACACCCCCUUUCUCAGAGCCCCUGGAGGUCGGGGAGAACGACCGGUUCAGCCAGUGCUUCCUGGGCACGGAGAGCCUGGGGGAGUCAGAGAGCUGCCUCUCCACAGGACCCCCGAGCCGGACCGACUGGAUGCCGGGGUCCCCCGAAAAGGACCUUGGAAAACAAGUGGAGGGGAGCAGCGGCCCGCCCUGGGGGGACAGCUCGGAGGCGGCCGAGGCCGGGGAGGACGCCCAGCCCGCGGCGUGCUCCCCGAAAUGUGGACCGUCCCCGCAGUGCGCCCAGGGCGUGGGUCUUCCUACUGAGGACGUGGCUGGAAGGGGAGAAGGGGGUGCCCGGCCCGAGGCCGGAGCGCAGGAAGGACUAGCCGGCUCAGCCAGGGGCGGCGCGGGGGCUGCCGGCGCCCCCGGGGACCAUCCACCUGCAUCUGGCACCGUGACGGGAAACAGCAACUCCACGUUCAUUUCCAGCGGGCAGGUGAUGAACUUCAAAGGCGACAUCAUCGUGGUCUACGUGAGCCAGACCUCGCAGGAGGGCGCGGCGGGCGCGGGGAGCGGCGCGGCGGGCGCCGAGCCGGAGCCGGAGCCCAUGGCCUGCCCGGUGCAGGAGGAGACUCUUGGACACCCGGACUCGUUCGCGGGCAACGGGCCCCGCUUCCUGGACACCUGCGCAGGCCCCGGGCUGCCGCCGGAGCCCGAGAAAGCGUCGCGGCCGGUGCAGGAGCAGGGCGCAGCCGAGGCCUGA